CAUCAACUAUAACCUAAAACUAAAACAUACCUUGAAGCUCUAGAUAGAUAACACAGCAUUCGAAUGUGAAUGUGGCAUUGAAAUUGCGACAUCGAAGGAAGUACUAAAUUUUUUACAGUUAUCGGUGCUUGUUUUUACAAUUAUUUAUCAGUUUCGUUACAAAGCAGUGUAGUGAGUUUCUUUGUCUUUGCCGGGCGUUUUCUCUUCCUUUACAUAAUCAUAAUUGAGGAAGUCCAAGCCUCAAGUCAAUCACCUGAAAUUCCUUAUCAGCACGGAUUGGAAAGUAGCAGUAGAUCAUAGGGUGUCAUGAUUUGUAAAAAUCUCCCUUAUUAUACCAGAGGAAAAGUUGUGAAAGGUUUUGGAAGAGGAUCAAAGCAACUUGGUGUUCCCACUGCAAAUUUUCCUCAAGAAGUGGUCAAUCAGCUCCCCGAGGAAUUGAAAACGGGUAUCUAUUAUGGAUGGGCACAAGUUGACUCUUCGCCUGUAUUCAAGAUGGUCCUCAGUGUUGGAUGGAAUCCAUUCUACAAAAACACUCACAAGUCUAUGGAAACUCACAUCUUGCAUACAUUUGAAAAUGAUUUUUAUGGAUCAGAGUUGAAAAUCAUAAUGGUAGGGUACAUUAGGCCCGAGAAGGAUUUCACCUCUUUAGAUGAAUUGAUCGAAACCAUCAAAGAAGACAUUAGAACUGCUGAUAAUGUUCUUGAAAGCAAUGCGUCAUUAAAACUGUACAAAGAUGAUCCAUUUUUUCUGGAAGAAGAAAGCUUGAACAGAUGAUUUCAUUCCAUGACCCGGCGUCCCCUCCACACAGCAUACGGUUUUGGUAUCCUGUAUGACCUGAAAAAACUGUGAUGGAGAACAUCAGUCCAUCUAGUUACUGUUAAGCUAGUCCUUGGAAUAGAAGGCGCAUACACCUAUAGUUACAAAUUAUCUAAACCUCGCUGUCAGUGCAGCAUUUUUGAAGCAGCUGAUAUUAGACUAUCUAUUUAUUUAUUUAUUUAUUUACUUCUUUUUUUUUAAAAUGGGAAUAAUAAGUUACUAAUGGGUAAUCUGCAAUGCAAUGGUAAUCACAACAGUCAAAGUUAAAGUUAGUAGAAUUUGUGUAUUUUUUUUCUCUUGCAUUUAUGUGCAUCAUAAGAGUAACCAAAUGUUUGGUUCCUCACUUUUUGCCGUAUAUUUCCUCUUUUUCUGUUACAUCUCUGAUAACAUGGUUCUGUGAAGAAUUAUCAUCAUUAUAGUAGAACUUGUCAAUGAUUUGGUUAUUUUAUCUCAUAGAAAAAACUUUUUAACUAACUUGUGUCAAUUCCUUGUUAGGAGGGUAUUUUUAAUUAGAAGAUGAAAUUGAAAGGUAACCAUCUGACGAACGCGUAAUUUCUUGACACUGGCUAAACAAUUUAGGAAAGCAACUGUAGAGUGGUCUUAGAAAAAUAUUUUUUUGGCAUCAUAAUAAAAAUUUUCAAUGUCAAUUUAAAGAUUUAUGUUAGAACUCCAAUUUAAUCCUCCAAUAAAGGAUCUUAAAAUGCAAUGGUGAAGAGGGGGAAAAAUUGAAUGGCUGUCUGUUUCAUUUAAAAUUUUUUUCUGAGAGUAAGAUAGUUUCCUUGGAGCAAAAUUUAAAGGCUUCACUGAAUGUAUUCUUUGGUCUACUCCUCUGAGCUCAGAGAAGUCUCUAAAUGUUUUCCCGAGGAAAUUCACAUAGAAAAAAAAAUUAAAUGAAUUAUACAUUUAUUCAACCCCCCCCCUCUUUUUCUGUGCAAUUUGUAAUCUCUCAGUGAAGGAUUAAAUUUGAGUUGUAACACAAAUAGUUUUUGCUUUCAAAUUUUCUGGCUCUAUCCGCCGUACAAAGGUAUACUAAAGAAAUGACAAAUUAUCUUGACGUUUACCCCUAAAUUAAUCAGCCUCGGCUUAAAAGAAAGAAAAGAGAACGAACUUAUUUGGAGUCCCACAUUUCAAAUGUAAAAGAUCUUUAAUCUUAACUGUUCCUUUAUUUCUGAAUCUCGGAAUGUAUACAUAAGAAAUCUAUAAACAACAUAUUUAAGAGUCACUCUUACCUAGUAUUUUUUUGUGACUUGAAAUUCCUUUUGAAGUUUUUACCUCCCAGUAGGAAAAUAUAAGAGAAAUUGUCUAGUAAUUAAAGGAAGGGUUUAGUAUUUACAAUAAGUUAGUCAGUUUUUUAUACAUUUUUGACCUUAAUUUUAACUAUCACAUUUCCUCUAUUCUUCUAGGGAUUAGUACUUCCUUAUAAACUUGCAAUUUCAUGUCCUAUACAUCGAACCAAAUGAAUCAAAUGUGCAAGGUAAACUUUCAAAUUUCUUGACUAUUUCUCUUGGAUAAAUGAUGAUUAUUGCUCUUCAUAUUUUGUUUGUUAUAUCUUUGAUCUUCUUUGUUAAUUUAUUAAUUAAAAAAAAUUAUUCUCAUAUGAUGGUUGUGAAAUCCUGUUAGCUUUUUGUGUCUUAUCCAUUCUAUGUUUUCAGCCAUACAUUGUUUCAAAAGCUUUGCCAGAAACAAGUUUAUCUGUUUCUAUUGCGGUAACAAUUGACCAAUGUCACAAAUUUUGAAUCAAGUACUUAAAAUAUCAGUAAUCAAUCAUUCUUUUUCAGUUUUUUGCUAUUCAAAAUUGACAUGUAAUGACUGAGACACUGUGGAAGCUUUCUAUUAGUACCAAGGCACAUUUUUGUGUAGUAAAUUUUUAAUUUGCCAUUUGUUAAACAUUUCUUGUACUUUCUCAUAAGUUUUACAAAUUAUGGUAUGGAAAAUUUUAAUCUCGCAUUCUAGCAAAUGUUAUUGAUAAAUAUUGGUCACAUCCAUAGAAAAUCCUUACAGCUAAUUUUUAGCUGUCUAGUUCCUGUCUUGAGUUAGAACUAAAGUUUUUAAUCUAUCAGUAAGUCUUGUAUGUCACUUUUUUAGGCUCUACCUUUUGUCCAGAUCAAUUUAUCGAUUUUUUGUUAUUGUUAUCUUGAGGACGAAUGUUGUCAUUUGUGAGGAAGUAUAUCUUGCAUUAUAUUUCCCCACUUAUUUUGUUAAAUUUUUUGGGGUUUUAAAAAAAUCCAGAAAUCAUCAAAUGAUUAUACUGUUGAUUUAUAAGUAAGGAUUCACGGAAAAUGGCGCUUGAAAAUUAAGAAAAGUUAUUAGUCGAUAAUUUUAAAUGCUAUAUAAUUGUGUGUACAAAUCUAUAUCCUAUUUUUGUGAAAAUUAAAAAAAAAAAAAAAAAAAAAAAUCAAAACUAGCCUUCAGAAGGGGAAAAAGGUAAAGGAAAAGCUGCACUUCAUAAGGAACAGCGAGUCAAAAGUUGAAAGUUUCAAUGCAUGAAGGCAGAAAGUGACAUUCUUGAUACAUCGCAGUAUUGUUUAUUUGUUGUAAUUCUUUUGGAAAGCCACCUAAAAUCAAAACCAAAAUUUCGUCUUCAAUGUGAAAGAUCAUUGUUUGUGUCUGUCAUGAGGCUCCUUGUACUUUUUAGCUGUAAACAAUUUGCCUUCAGAAUCGCAAACGAUUCACUUCACUCAUAAUGCUUAUUUUCUCCUCCCUUGAAUUAGCUCAGUACAAAGUAACAGAUCAAAAGCAGGUUCCAAUUUCAAUUCUAAUUAAGGUGCCUAAAAUUAUGGCAUGAAAAAUUCUAGGUUUGAUACAUUCAUGAAAUGUCAUUUUUGUGUCAAAAUCAAUUCAAAUCAGUGAUUGAAAUAUGCAUUCGUGAUUUUUGUCAUACUGGUCCCUUCACUGAUUGUACCUUUUUUUAUAGCUCCUUUGCUAAAAAGUUAAAAGGGAAGCACUUAAGAUAACCAUAAAAUUAUGUGACAGCUAAUUUUAAACAAUCAUUACGUUUGGAUCGUACUUUUUUACCCAAUUAUUUUAGAUCUUCAUCUCAACUCCAAAUUUUAAUUUUCUUUGAACUUUUGCAGCCACCUUUCUUCCAUUCCGUAGCAUGAAUUUUAAAUUGAGAUGUCUCCUCCUGCAUUGAUUUGAAUUCGCUCUAAAUGAUGGCCUCAUAAAUCUGUUAUACUUACAACCCAGUUGAUUUUUGACCCCUAAAAUAAAAAAAUGUUUUAAUUCACGCUCUCCAUGCUUUUGAGAAAAGUAAACAAAUUAAACAGGGAAACAUUCCGUAAAAUGAACUACUGGGUUGGUUUCAUUUGCACUAUCCUUUUUCUUCUUUUGCUUCCUGUCAAACUGAAAAGAAAAUAAUCUUUCCCCCGCUUUCAUUUGUUUCUCUCUCUAUUUUGUUUUCUUUUUGCAGUCCUCUGAAAUGCUGCUCAACCAUAAUGAUUUUCUCUACAUGAUUUUACAAAUGUGAAAAAUGUAAAGUAUGCUAGGAAAUAACAGCAAACUGUCCCUCUUUUCAUUUUUACUUGUUUCCUUAAGAAAUUAGGUCUUGAAGAAAGUCCUCGUUUUAUUUCCAUGGAAUCUUGUAACAGUUUUCAGUAUUGGUACAGUUGUUACCUUUUGGGAUGUAGAAUCUCGUUGUACUUAAUUAUAAUAAAUACUUAUUCUGUUUCAUGUA